UCGCACACAACAUAGCCAUCUUGUCAGGAGUGACUGAGUGAGGGAGGCAACUGUAGACGCUGUUUAGAAUAUCAUUUGGGGGUUUUUUAUUAACGCGUCAUAUUUAAGAGCCCCUUUCUCCCUCAACCGUAGUCAGCGACGGAGUGAGUGUCGACAACGAAUGACUUUGAGCUGGUGAAGCGAGAGGCUACGCAGCGCCGCUUUCAGAAGGAUGUCUCACAUACUUAUUCCGACGUAGGGGGAGUGUGCAGCAGCCAGUUGGCUUGAAUUGUUAGCUAGCUCAGUGAGUGGAGGGCUACGGGCCCUCCUCAGCUUAAAGUAGCCCCUACAGCUGGGCAGCCCACUCUGCGACAACGGCCGCUCGACAACUGGACAACCGGGACAUUAGCGGGCCGAAAGCCGCGGAUCGGUCACCGCACGGGCUGUUGGUAAUCGUGUCUGAAGCCCUGCUGCUGGACAAGACGACACGAAGUGUGGCAUUGCGUUAUGAGCUCUUGAAACGCAACAGGAGUCCGAGAGAGGAAGAGGAUGGCGCAGAUACAUCUUGAUUACAGUUAGGUAGGCUAAAAAGAAAACUAGCUCCAGGUCUGCUGCUUAUUAUGCUCUAAGCUUUUAAAAGCUGCAGCCAGCUCGCCCCUUUUUGACUGAGGAUAAACAUAGCCAUACGGGACUUGGAUUCAGGCUGUCAAUAUGUCGAAAAUGCCGGCCAAGAAAAAGAGCUGCUUUCAGAUCACAAGUGUGACUCAGGCCCAGGUGGCGGCUGUAGGUGCCGCCGACGACACGGAGAGUCUGGACGAUCCAGACGAGUCACGGACUGAGGACGUGUCGUCGGAAAUCUACGACAUGCCACGGGCUGAUUAUGAGCCUGCGUGUGACAUAAGUUCAUCCGAAGAAGCUCUGAAUAAUGUUGUGGAGCCAGAGGCGGUCGGAGUGAUGCCACCAUCAAGCGUACCUCAUGCCAGUCAGCUGUCAGCGCUGUCAAGCAACCCCUCUGGGGAUUUCAGAAAAGUGGGAGUGUCUGGUUCGAGUCAAGGUGGUCAGCAAGCACCGGGGAUUGGCGCUGGGGCUGGUUUACCCCUUAUCACUCAGGCUGGGCCAGUGCAGCAGCAGCAGCCUGCUUCUGCAGCCAGCGCUGGGCCAGCGAGUGCGUCAGUGAACACAUCCCAACCUGCUGCAGUGCCCAGUUCAGCUCCACCUCCUGCCACCUCCACGAUGAGUUGCUCCUCGCGGUUCAGGGUCAUUAAACUUGAUCAUGGUACUGGAGAACCGUUUCGGCGAGGCAGGUGGACGUGCACGGAGUUUUAUGAGAAGGACUCUGAGAGCUCUGUUGUUGGUCGGACUGUGGAUAGCAUGAGACAUGCCAACACAGCACUGGACCCUGCUGCAGACAGAGACAGUGGGCUCGGGCUUACAGGAGGAUCUGCCGCAACCUCAACAACGCCCUCGAGUCAUGGCUUGGGCUCCAUGGCGGACUCUUCUCUCUCUUCUAGUCGUGUGCACUCGGUGGAGGCGCAGCCACCGCAGCAGCAAAUCCACCAUCAAAACUACAGCGCCCGCCAACAAGGUGUGAGUGGGUCGGUCACGCACAGUUCUUUCUCCAGGCCUACGGCUGUUCCGGCUCAGCCAGCAGUGGCAGGUCUGCAGCCUCUUGUUCCACAGAACCUGCUGCCUGUCGAGCAAAACGGCCCACCUCAAUCCGGUGUCCUCAUACAGAAGUCUCCCAUCAUGCCUCUCUCUGUCCAACCAAGUCCUUACCCUCCUCAGCAGCAGCAGCAGCAGCAACAACAGCUUCCUGUGGGCCAGCACCUGGCCGGCCAAUCACCUGGACUGAUGCAGAACCAGGCAGAGUACUAUCAGCAGCACCACUCUGCACCCCUGCCACCAGGGCUUGCCUCAGGCCAGCCCCACCCAGUGUCCAGCCAGGGACAAGGACCCACUUCGGUGAUGCCUACAGCCUCUGGAGGGGCAUCUGCGCCAAGUCAGGCUGUAGAUGUUCUUGGAGCAGCAGUAGGAGGAGUACUUCUACCUGCUGGACAGCCAGCUCCAACUGUCUUGCAGCAGCAGACUGUAGGGAUGGGAGCUGCUGGAGGCCCCGUAUUGGUUGGUGGAUCUGCUCUGAAGCAGCAGACUGUGAAUCUUUAUGCCACCGCUGGACAGCCUCAACCCCACGGCCACCCUCCAUCCUCUGGUGUACAAAACGUGCCUGCCAUUGCAGUGAGUUCCAGUGUGCCCCCCACUGUGCCCACUGUUGUGCCCAGUGCCUCCAGUGCAGCAAAGCCAAAUGUGACAACCCCGAGUUUGCCUCCAGGUCAGAUAGCCCACAGCAACACUGCAGGGGCUUUGGGGCCACAGGGCCUCCCAGUGACUGCAUUUGGUCAGGUGGAAGCUGGUGGUGGGAGGAAGUCAGAUGGAAUCAUCAACAUACAGUCUCCAGUUGUCUCUGUGAAGGAACCAGCUAAGCCCUUCAUGCCUGAGAGCCUGCAGCUCACCACUCCGACUGUCAACAGCAUAUUUGCAAUCCACAUACCUGUCGACGGGGAGGAGGACAGGAAUCCCUCCAAGGCUUUCUACCAGGCCUUCCAGUCUGGCAGCAGAUUAAGAGACUCAAAGGCGCACAUUGAUAGUGCCUCUGGAACCAAUGUUGUUGCCAUUGAUAAUAAAAUUGAACAGGCUAUGGACCUGGUGAAAAGCCAUCUGAUGUAUGCAGUGCGCGAAGAGGUGGAGGUCUUAAAGGAGCAGAUCAAGGAGCUGUACGAGAGGAACUCUGUGUUGGAGAGGGAGAACGCCGUGCUGAAAUCUCUGGCCAACAGCGAGCAGCUAUCUCAGCUGUCCACCCAGUCGACCAGCAGCUCGGGCGCCGCGGCUUCCCAACCAGGACUCAGCCAGCCUCAGCAGCAAGCCCAGCCGCCGCUUCAAGUUCAGCCUCCAUCGCAGUCGCACCCCCAGCUUCAGCACCACCCCCAACCCCAGCAGCUCCAGACUCAGCCGCAGCUCGAUCCCAGCCAACAACUGCAACCCAACGUCACCUCUGCUUGAAAGCGCAUCAAAAACCAACAAAAGAAAAGCAGAACAGCAUCUUCUCUACAACUUAUUACAAUUAGUGUAUGUGAACUUCUUAGCCACCAGCUUGACCACAAAGAGUACAGUGCUUCUGUGCGAGUGUGAGUGUGUGUGUGUGUGUGUGUGUGUGUGCGAGUGUGAGAGUGUGUGUGUGUGUGUGUCCGAGUGAGGAAGCAAGACUGUGAAUUGGUGUUAGAAUGUGUGCGUGUAUGCAUCUGUACUGUGGGCCUUUCCAGUGUUAAUGCAAUCAUCAAGAGUGCAACAGACGGACUGAGACAAAGUGUUCAGAGUAGAGUCGGGGAAGGUUGAGGGUUUUUUGUUUUGUCUUUUUGGUUCUUUUGUUUUUUCCAUUUUGGCUGUAUUCCCAGAUUGGUUAACAGCUGGGCUUGUAGAGAGGAUGUCUUUUCUUGGACCGGGCCCGAGCCAAACCAACCUGUGACCUGACCCGAAACCAGUAGUUGUUGUUGUGGAAAGCGAGGGGUUUGCCGGACAGACGGGGAGUGAUUGUCAAAAAGAGAGCGAUUAUUUUUUUAAAUGAGAUAAUUGAAGGGGAGGGGUAUUUUUAGCCUUGCCGUUUCAUGUUGUAAAGAAAAAACUGGGAGUGUUUUUUUUUUUUUGUUUUUUUUUUUUUUUUGUUUGUUUUUUUUAUUUGUUUUUUUUAUUUGUCUCCUCCUCCUACUCCUCCUUCCUCGGAGCGCCACGCCGCUGCCGUUACUAAGUCCAACUCUUGCAUCACUCUUUUGAGUUCUACUGUUAAGUGUUUUUAUUUAUUACAGGGCUGCUAUUUUUCAUAAAUGAACAAUUUAAACAACAAAACCUAUUUAACAGGAGCCCAACGACUUGUUUCCUCUCUUGCUUUUUUUCCCCAGUGUUUGAACAGAUUGGCCACACAUCCCAGACAACAGCUUUAUAUAUUUGUGAAAUGCCGACAAACAGAGAAAAAUUCUGACAAAUGUUUAACACUAACCCAGAUUUUUAAGGCUGCAACUGCCAGUUCGUAGCUCAGUCCAGAUCCAGUUUGAGUGUAUAUUUUUGUAUAGCAUGAUGGACUUUUACCCACCGAUAUCAAAUCUUAAGGCCUCCGGUGAAAAUUUGAUAGGCAAAGGUGAAUUAGUAUUGCCACGUCCCCUCACUCACUCACAUUUUAGUUCUCCAUUGGUUUUCCUGAAACGGGGUAGGUGGGUGGGGGCACGGGCACGGUGGCAGUAGUGAAAACAUGUACUUUGUAACCAAAGAUCCAAAGCUGUGUAAAUGUAUUUUGAAAUGCACACACACCUUUUUUCUUUUCUUUUUUUUUUCUUUUUUUCCCUUGGUUCUCAUUUGUUACUUCCUCCUUCACAGAAUAUUUUUGUUGCUGUUCAGCAUGUUCUGCAUGAUCUGUAAUCUUCAAACCACUUUCUUACCUCAUUUUUAUUCAGCACUCUUAUUGUAAGAUAGUCUGUGAACAGUGUAAAUGGGGACGUGGGGGGGGGGUAAUGAUGCGCAACAGCGAGCGGAGUAAAAUAACCUAGUGUUACCGACACUAGUCACAGCAAAAUGAAGUGAGCCAUGUUUUGUUCGUUUAAAUGGUGUUUGAAUUUCAUAUGCCAAUAGUUUUGUUACAUUGCAAAAUUUUAAUGUAUUUAAAUAAAAGCAAUAUUCAGAUUCCAAA